UUUCUGCUCUAGUUCUUACAUACAUACAGAAAAAAUGGGUUUCCGUUUACCUGUUAUUCGAAGGGCAUCAUCAUUCUCAGCUAGCGAAGCAGCUUCAAAAUCUGUGGAACUCCCAAAAGGGUAUCUUGCAGUGUAUGUUGGAGAGAAUCAAAAGCGUUUUGUGAUCCCCGUAUCAUACUUGAACCAACCUUCAUUCCAAGACUUGUUGAGUCAAGCUGAAGAAGAAUUUGGAUAUGAUCAUCCCAUGGGAGGUCUCACUAUUCCUUGUAGUGAACAUGUCUUCCAACGGAUCACUUCUCCAAUGGGAUUUCGCUUACCUGGUAUUAGAAAAGCAACACAAGCAGCUUCAAAGGGUGGAGAAAUUCCAAAGGGGUAUCUUGCAGUGUAUGUAGGAGAAAAGAUGAAGAGGUUUAUAGUUCCGAUAUCAUACUUGAACCAACCAUCAUUUCAAGACUUGCUGAGUAAAGCAGAAGAAGAAUUUGGUUAUGUUCAUCCAAUGGGUGGCCUCACAAUUCCUUGCACAGAAGAUUUGUUCUGCAGCAUCAUAUCAAUUUUGGAUUGAAUGCUGCAUUCUUCAAAAAAAAAAAAAAAGCUGACAUAACAUAGAUUAGCUCAAAGCAAACAAUUACAAUUGUACAGUGUGUAGAUAGAUUGUUUAUUUUCCCUUUGCUUUCAAGCAAAAGUGGAACAUGUUUGAAAGAUGCAGAACAUCCAAUGAUCAAAGCUUCUCUUCCUUGUCAUUGUUCUUUGAAAAUGAUUAUGAUAUUAUCCAAAGGGAGCUACUCAAAUGAAGAUGCAAAAAACAUCUUUUUAUAAAGAUGCUUUGUAUAAAAGUGUGAUUUAUUGAUUUGGCCACACUUCAAAUAAAAACAACACUUUUAUAACAUAUCAAAAUCUAACCCUACACUCCAUCAUCUAAGGGUCAAAAAGAAAAAUCAUCACAUGAAGACAAUUAUAAUAUCUUCAUGGGAGUACCCA